AUGGCUGUAAAAUCGCUGCUCAAUGGAACCUUGGUGGAGAAGUCCUUCUUCAGCCCCAAUGAGAGGCAGUUUGCCGCUGCCCCCAACUGUUCCAUGAAUCUGCCAACUCUCACCUCCUCCGGAGUUAUCCGAGUGUCUGUCACCUUCAUCCUUUUCAUCUUCUCAGUCAGCAGCAACGUGACUUUCCUGGUGAUCCAACGCAGGAAGAGAGCAUCGCGCCUCAAGUUGCUGCUCCACAAUCUAGCGGCUGCCAACUUGGUGGAGACGCUGGUAGUCAUGCCAAUGGAUGGUGCGUGGAAUAUCACCGUGCAGUGGGUCGGUGGCCAGUUCCUCUGCAAGGCCCUGAACUUCCUCAAGCUGUUCUCCAUGUACUGCCCUGCACUCAUGAUGGUGCUGAUCAGCCUGGACCGAUACCUGGUCAUCACCAAACCCUUGGCAAGCAGGGCGGCAGGACUCCACACUGGCAAGUACAUCAUCGCUACCACCUGGCUCCUCAGCCUGCUCUUGGCUUUGCCUCAGCUAUGGCUCUUCAAAAUGCUCCACUACACAGAACCCUGCACCUUCUCACAAUGUGCGACCCUCGAUAGCUUUCAGGGGCAAUGGGACCAGACAGUCUACAACUUCUUCACCUUUGCGUUCCUCUUCAUUGUCCCGCUGUUCAUCAUGUUGAUCUGCAACUUCAAAAUCAUCAAUGAGAUGACAAAAUGGCUGCGUCCAAACGCCAACCAGAUUGACCUGAAGCGGACAAGGAACGGAAUGCCAAAAGCUCGCAUGAAAAUAAUGAAAAUGACCAUUGCUUUCAUCACUUCUUUCAUGAUCUGCUGGACUCCGUACUACCUGGUGGGAAUCUGGUAUUGGUUUGACCCAGAACUCCACAACAAGUUGCCUGAGCCAGUCAAUCACUUCUUAUUUGUCUUUGGGUUACUAAAUCAAUGCGUUGACCCACUGAUCUAUGCAUAUUUUUCUUAAUUCAUUCUCAAAUAUGACACUUAUCUUUCUGUCGUGUAUUGUUGACUGUGACAGAUGUUAAUGCUAGCUGAAACACAGAGCCCUAG